AUGUCGGGACAAGCUUCGACUUCUACAGACCCCCCUUCCGCGACAGUACAACCCGGAAGAGGGAAGGUCAAACUCCUAGACAACUAUACAGGCAACCGCAUUGAAUCCCAGAAAUUCAUGCUCCAAUGCCUCCUUCUUUUCGCAGCAGAAUCCGAUCGGUACAAGACCGAUCAAGACAAGAUAUCCUUGGUACUCUCAUGCAUGAGAUAUGGCACGGCAGGAGCUUGGGCCGAGAACUUCCUCCUCAAAUCAGUAGGAGCGGACCCUCCCACUGAUCUAGGAACCUGGAGGGACUUUUUAACAAAGUUCAAGCUCCAAUUUAGGGAAACGGGCAAGACAGACAAAGCGCGAAGCGCCCUCAUGGCCUUCUCCCAAGGACGAAUGACGGUUGACGAAUACUCCAACCAAUUCAUUCUCAUCGCCACCGAUGCCGACAUCUCCGACAAGGAACAAGUCCCUUACUUCCAACGCGGGUUAGACCCGCGUGUCAUGGACAAAAUAUAUGACAAAGAAGUUCAACCAAAGGACACCAUCCAAGAUUGGAUUAACACAGCCUGCGAAAUAGACGGACGACUCAGAGCCAGAUCCGCUCAAAAAGCCAUCCUUGCCAACUCCACCUCCUUUCGCAGCGAUUACCUGAAUCGUUUCCACACCCAACCAGCCGUCCGUUAUAACUCCACAACUGCCCCUCGCAGAAUGAACAACCAGGUGGUUGACAUGGACAUUGAUACUACCAGGAAGCGUAACGCCGAAAGUCAAAAGAGAAAAUUUGACGGCAAGCAAACCACCUCCUGUUCUAACUGCGGAAAGCCAGGGCACGCUAGUGCUAACUGUUGGUCGCCACGUAGAGGCGUUCGCCCAGUUCGAGGAAACUCGAAAAGACGCCUGGGUACGACAGGGAGAGGAAACCGCGCGGUUGAUUUGGAAGGAGAAGACGACGCACCUGCUAUUCUAACCUGA